CACAAGAACAUCUCCUCAAAUUCAUGACCAUGGGGGAUAGGAAGACCCCAGACUUUGAUGACCCCCUGGCAGCAUUUGACAUCCCAGAUAUGGCUGAUCCUAAAGCAGCUAUUGAGAAUGGACGCGAUGACCACGAAAGCCACAUGAAGCAGAAUGCUCACGGAGAGGAUGACUCCCACACACCAUCGUCUUCCAACGUGGAUGUCAGCAUGAUCUUCAAGAAUGUUAGGAAUGUCGGCUCCUCGGAGGGCGGGAGAAAGACGGUUACAACCACCAGCAAUGGCCGACAUAAUGGGUUUCUCACAGCGUCCUCUCUUUACAGUUACGGUAAAGAUGGAGCGAAGUCCUUGAAAGGAGACAUGCCUGCCUCCCAGGUGACUCUGAAAGACGCGACGUUCAGCCAGUUUAGCCCGAUCUCCAGUGCUGAAGAGUUUGAUGACGAUGAGAAGAUGGAGGUGGAUGAACCCCCUGACAAGGAGGACGUGCAAUCAAGCUUCAGGCCGAAGGUGUUGACGGGGUCGGCUCCCCAGCAGGACUGCAAUAAGCUGAAGGCACUCAGAGGGGAAAACUCCAGCAAAACUGGACUCUCUACGUCAGGCAAUAUAGAGAAAAACAAAAUUGUUAAGAGAGAAGCCAAAGCCAAUUCUAUAAACCUGAGUGUUUAUGAACCUUUUAAAGUCAGAAAAGCAGAGGAUAAGUUGAAGGAAAACUCUGACAAGGUGCUGGAAAACAGAGUCCUGGAUGGGAAGCCGAGCUCCGAGAAGAAGGACACCGGCCUCCACGGCAUUGAGCCAAAGACAAAGUCAUCCUCCAAGCUCUCAUCCUGUAUUGCUGCUAUCGCGGCUCUCAGUGCUAAAAAGGCGGCUUCAGACUCUUGCAAAGAACCAGUGGCCAAUUCCAGGGAAUCUUCCCCAUUACCAAAAGAAGUAAACGACAGUCCGAGAGCCGCCAACAAGUCUCCUGAAUCCCAGAAUCUCAUCGACGGGACCAAAAAACCAUCCCCAAAGCCACCGAAUAGUCCCAGAAGCAUCUCAAGGGAGAACAGCAGCAAGGGCUCCCCGUCCUCUCCCACAGGGUCCACAUCAGCAAUCCCCAAAGUCCGCAUAAAAACCAUUAAGACAUCUUCUGCAGAAAUCAAGAGAACAGUGACCAGGGUAUUGCCAGAAGUGGAUCUUGACUCUGGGAAGAAACCUUCCGAGCAGACAGCAUCCGUGAUGGCCUCUGUGACAUCCCUUCUGUCAUCUCCAGCAUCAGCCGCCAUCCUUUCCUCUCUCCCCAAGGCACCUCCUCAGUCCGUGGUCAUGACCAAUGCAGUUUCCCCUGCAGAGCUCACCCCAAAACAGGUCACAAUCAAGCCUGUGGCUACUACUUUCCUCCCAGUGUCUUCUGUGAAGACAGCAGGAUCCCAAGUCAUUAAUUUGAAGCUUACUAACAACACCAUGGUGAAAGCCACACUCAUAUCUGCUGCCUCUGUCCAGAGUGCCAUCAGUGCCAUCAUUAAAGCCAACAAUGCCAUCCAGCAGCAAAUUGUCGUGGUGCCAGCAUCCAGCCUGGCCAACGCCAAACUCCUGCCAAAGACUGUGCACCUUGCCAACCUUAAUCUUUUGCCUCAGGGUGCCCAGGCCACCUCUGAACUCUGCCAAGUGCUAACCAAACCUCAGCAACAAAUAAAACAGGUAAUAAUCAAUGCAGCAGCCUCGAAAACCCCUCCCCAAAAGAUGUCUCAAGUCCAGGUGGUGUCGUCCUUGCAGAAUUCUGUGGUGGAAGCUUUCAACAAGGUGCCAAGCAGUGUCAAUCCAGUCCCUGUUUACAUCCCAAACCUCAGUCCUCCUGCCAAUGCAGGGAUCACGUUACCGAUGCAUGGGUACAGGUGCUUGGAGUGUGGGGACUCCUACUCUGUCUCAAAAAAAAAAAAAAGAAAAGAAAAGAGUCUGACCCAGAGCUGCGACAGAUGGAUCGUGUGCAUCAAAGUAAUGUGCAACCAUUGUACAAACAACCUCAUUUUUUACAACAAAUGCAGCCUCCUUUCCUAUGCCCGUGGGCAUAAGGAGAAAGGGGUGGUAAUGCAGUGCUCUCACUUAAUUUUAAAGCCAGUCCCAGCAGAUCAAAUGACAGUUUCUCCAUCAAGCAAUACUUCCACUUCAACUUCCACUCUUCAGAGCCAUGUGGGAGCCGGCACACACACUGUCGCAAAAAUUCAGUCUGGCAUAACUGGGACAGUCAUAUUGGCUCCUUCAAGCACUCCCAUCAUCGCAGCCAUGCCCCUAGAUGAAGACCCCUCCAAACUGUGACAUAGUCUAAAACGUUUGGAGUGUAAUGAAGUCUUCCCGGACGAGACGCCACUGGCUACACAUUUCCAGCAGGCUGCAGAUACGAGUGGACAAAAGACUUGCACCAUCUGCCAGAUGCUGCUUCCUAACCGGUGCAGUUAUGCAUCACACCGAAGAAUCCAUCAGCACAAAUCUCCCUACACUUGCCCUGAGUGCGGGGCCAUCGGCAGGUCUGUGCACUUCCAGACUCACGUCACCAAGAACUGUCUGCACUACACGAGAAGCGUUGGUUUUCGAUGUGUGCAUUGCAAUGUUGUGUACUCUGAUGGGGCUGCUCUGAAGUCUCACAUUCAAGGUUCUCAUUGUGAAGUCUUCAAUAAGUGUCAUAUUUGUCCAAUGGCAUUUAAGUCUGCCCCAAGCACACAUUCCCACACCUACACACAGCAUCCUGGCAUCAAGAUAGAAGAACCAAAAAUAAUAUGUAAGUGUUCCAUGUGCGACACCGUGUUCACCCUGCAAACCUUGCUGUAUCACCACUUUUACCAACACAUUGAAAACCAGAAGGUGUCUGUUUUCAAGUGUCCAGACUGUUCUCUUUUAUAUGCACAGAAGCAACUUAUGAUGGACCAUAUCAAGUCUGUGCACGGAACAUUGAAAAGUAUUGAAGGGCCUCCAAACUUGGGUAUAAACUUGCCUUUGAGCAUUAAGCCUGCAACUCAAAAUUCAGCAAAUCAGAACAAAGAGGACACCAAAUCCAUGUAUGGGAAAGAGAAAUUGGAAAAGAAAUCUCCAUCUCCUGUGAAAAAAAACAUGGAAACCAAGAAAGUGUCCAGGCCUGGGUGGACGUGUUGGGAGUGUGACCGCCUGUUCAUGCAGAGAGAUGUGUACAUAUCCCACGCAAGGAAGGAGCACGGGAAGCAAGUGAAGAAACACCCCUGCCGCCAGUGUGACAAGCCUUUCAGCUCGUCCCACAGCCUGCGCCGGCACAACCGGAUCAAACACAGAGUCAUCAGGAAAGUGUACGCCUGCUCACACUGCCCAGACUCCAGAAGUACCUUUACCAAAUGAUUGAUGUUGGAGAAGCACGUCCAGCUGGUGCACGGCAUUAAGGACCCUGCCAUGAAAGAAAUGACCGCCACCAAGGAGGAGGAAGCAGAAAUAAAAGAAGACACCAAGGUCCCCAGUCCCAAGCGGAAGUUGGAAGAACCAGUUCUGGAGUUCAGGCCUCCCCGAGGAGCCAUCACUCAACCACUGAAAAAGCUGAAAAUCAAUGUUUUGCAGGUUCACAGGUGUGUCGUGUGUGGCUUCACCACCGAAAACCUGCUGCAGUUCCACGAACACAUCCCUCAGCACAAAUCGGAUGGUUCUUCCUACCAGUGCUGGGAGUGUGGCCUCUGCUACACGUCUCACGUCUCCCUGUCCAGGCACCUCUUCAUCGUACACAAGUUAAAGGAACCUCAGCCAGUGUCCAAGCAAAAUGGGGCUGGGGACGAUAACCAACAGGAGAACAAACCCAGCCACGAGGAUGAAUCCCCCAAUGGCGCCGUGUCAGAGAAAUGCAAAGUGUGCACAAAAACUUUUGAAACUGAAGCUGCCUUAAAUACUCACAUGUGAACACAUGCAUGUGAGUAUUUUGGAUUCAUCAAAUCCAAAAGGAUGAGCUCAGCCGAGAAACAGCCACAGAUGCUCCAUGAGGAAAAUCCCUGUCCACAUUGGAAUAAAAAAGACAUUUUUGUUACAAAAAGUUUGCAGUAUAAUAGAGUUAACAGUACUGUGUAGGCUGUUGCAAUAUAUU